CAUAUUAACACCCUUCUCUCUCCCUCUCUCUCUCUCUCUCUCUCUCUCUCUCUAUUCUCCUCUGCAACUCCAUGUAUGAGAUCGUCUCAUCAAAACACAAGCCACGAAUUCCAUGCAAAACAAUAACAAAUACCCAACAAUCCCAUAUAAAUUAUAAUUAACACUUUUCUCUCUCUCUUUAACUCCAAGCCAUGAAGAAUUCCAUGCAAACCAGCUCAGUAUAUCUCUUUUUCUUCUUCGUAUUAUUCUUGUUCUCCUUCUUCUUCUCUACAUCUCUCUCCGAUCCCCGAAUCUCGGAAGCCGAGCUCUACUGCGGCGACGGAAGAUCCCCUGCAAAUACCAGCAUCAUCCCAACUUUCACGAAAGUUAUGCAGAACUUAUCACAGGUAAUGAACACCAGCUAUUGGGCCGCAAACUCCAUCAACUACUCAAGCGCUCCAAAAAAGUCUAUCUACGUCCUCUCUCAGUGCCACGAGGACCUCUCCCACACCGACUGCCUCCUCUGCUACGCCGCGGCGCGGACGCGCAUCCCCCGCUGCCUCCCCUCCCCCUACGCCCGCCUUUUUCUCGACGGCUGCUUCCUCAGAUACGACAACUACAGCUUCUAUGGCGAGAGCGUCGACCCGGUUCACGACACGGUCAACUGCUCGUCCAGGUUUGGGGCCGUGCAGGGUGCGAGUGAGAAGAAGAAGUUUCUGGAAGAUGUUGGGUUUGUGGUUGGGAAUGUGACGAGGUUGGCGCUUAAAAAUGGCGGGAUCGGUGUGGGUGAGGUUAAGGGUAAGGGCGUGUUUGGAUUGGCGCAGUGUUGGGAGACUGUUGGGGAAAGUGGGUGUAGGGUAUGCUUCAGGAAGGCGACUUCGGAGAUUAAAAAGUGUGGGGCCAGUAGGGAAGGGAGGAGUUUGAAUGCAGGGUGUUAUUUGAGGUAUUCUACUGAGAAGUUUUAUAGUGAUGGGAAAGAGGCAAAUAGUGGAGGAAGUUCUUCAAGAAGCAGAGGAGUUAUUAUAGCAAUUGUUCUAGGAGUAGUUGCAUUUGUGAUAUUGUGUCUGUUUGUUGCUUAUGCAGCCUAUACAAGAGUAUCAAAGACUAGAGCAAGACGCAAGAAUCUCGAGCAGGUUUCGAUCUCGAUUCGCAAGUCUAGCUUGAAUUUCAAGUACGAAACGCUCGAAAGAGCCACAGAUUUCUUCAAUCCUUCGACGAAAAUUGGGCAAGGUGGGGCUGGUUCUGUGUUCAAGGGGACACUUCAAGAUGGGCAAAUUGUGGCUGUCAAGAGACUCAUCUUUAAUACAAAGCAAUGGGUGGAUGAGUUCUUUAAUGAGGUUAACUUAAUCAGCGUAAUUCAACACAAGAACCUUGUUAAGCUUCUUGGUUGUAGCAUUGAAGGACCAGAGAGCUUGCUGGUCUAUGAGUAUGUGCCCAACAGAAGCCUGGAUCAGUUUCUUUUUGAGAAGAACAAGGUUCAGAUUCUGAACUGGAAGCAGCGGCUCAACAUCAUUGUUGGUACAGCUGAGGGGCUUGCAUUUCUUCAUGGGGGGUCUAAAGUGAGAAUAAUUCAUAGAGACAUUAAGAGCAGCAAUGUUCUUCUUGAUGAGGAUCUUACUCCAAAGAUUGCAGACUUUGGGCUUGUGAGGUGUUUUGGUGCUGACAAGAGUCAUCUCAGCACUGGGAUUGCUGGAACACUUGGGUACAUGGCUCCAGAAUAUCUUGUUAGAGGGCAACUCACAGAUAAGGCAGAUGUGUAUAGUUUUGGGGUGUUGGUUCUUGAGAUUGUUUGUGGCAGAAGAAACUGCGCCUUCACACAAGACUCAGGCUCUCUUCUACAAACAGUUUGGAAGCUCUACAAAUCAGAUAAAUUGGUUGAAGCUGUUGACCCUUGCUUGAAUGGUGAUUUCCCAUCAAAUGAAGUGUACAAUAUGCUUCAAAUUGGGCUUCUUUGUACACAAGCCUCAGUUGCUUUGAGACCAUCCAUGGCUGAAGUAGUUUCAAUGCUAACCAACAAUGAAAAGGAAAUACCAACACCAAACCAACCCCCUUUCCUAAACGCCAGCGUUUUGGGCCCAACUACCUCUAGUAAGUCCUAUAGCACACAGAGCAUGGUAUCAAAUCCACUAACAAGAGCUGAAGCCUCUUGCACAUCCACAGAGAUGACGUCUACUUCAAACAACUCAGAUGGGCCCACAAGAGUGUGAAGAAUUGGACGAUCCUACGCUGAGAUCGUUUCUUCCUAUCAUCUGGCGGCCGCAAUUCGGGCGGCGUGGUAUUUUUGAGAUGCACCAUAGUUUUCACGUGGAGAAUUUAUAAAUAGACUCAAAUAGAGGCAGUCCAACUACUACUUCACUGCGUCAAGAGAAUGAUAUUGUCGUGUGACGGACGCCAACCUUGAGUGACGAUCACUUCAGAGAAAAAAUAAGCAUGGAAAUAGAAAUCUCACCAAAAGGGAUUACACGUUAUUUAGACAGCUUUAGCUACACAGAUCAUCACAACAUGGGGGUUGCAUUCUUUAACCUCGAUUUUGGGAUAAGGAGAUUAUGUGAAGACAAAUCUGAAUUGAUUGCUGACUAAUAAAUUUCUUUUUUUAUUUAUUUAUUUAUUUUUUUUUUCCUUUCGUAAAAGAAAGUUCUAUAUUUCGGAUACCUCAAACUUUUUUAUUUUA